GCGUUCAGUCGGCGCGAGGGAGCCGCUUUUAUAUGUGUUUUUGUAACGGAAAAUUAAGAGGAAAAAAACUCGAAGGAAUAAAGGAUGCGGAUUUAACACUUGAUGGAGGAAUUUAGGGAAAUAAACCCACCUAUGUGAGGCGAAGCUUUUCUCUCGGGUGGCAUUUCGUUACAGAAAACGACGGUAAACGUUGUGAGAGGAACGAAUUCGAUACCGAAGGGCGGUAAUCAUGAGCGCGAUUUCGCCGACUGAUUUCGACAGCGUGGAGAUCCAGCAGCAGUACAAUGACAUCAACAACCGGUGGGAGCUGGCCGCUGAGGCCGAGUGGGACAACGAGAACAGCUCGGCCCGACUGUUCGAACGCUCGCGGAUCAAAGCGCUCGCAGAGAUGGAGUACGGGCGGACGGAGAGGGAGCCGUGCCUCUCUCCCGCUGCCUUCGUCAACCAAGUGCAGUAUUCCAACAUCCUGGAGGGAAGGUUCAAACAACUGCAAGACGAGCGAGAAGCCGUACAGAAGAAGACCUUCACCAAAUGGGUGAACUCUCACCUGGGCCGCGUGACCUGCAGGAUCAACGAUCUGUACACGGACCUGCGCGAUGGACGGAUGCUCAUCCGCCUGCUCGAGGUUCUCUCCUCAGAACAGCUGCCAAAACCCACCAAGGGCCGCAUGAGGAUCCACUGUCUGGAGAACGUGGACAAAGCUCUGCAGUUUCUCAAGGAGCAGAAAGUCCACCUGGAGAACAUGGGCUCUCACGACAUCGUGGACGGCAACCAUCGCCUGACGCUCGGCCUCAUCUGGACCAUCAUUCUGAGAUUCCAGAUUCAGGACAUCAGUGUUGAAACCGAGGACAACAAGGAAAAGAAGUCGGCUAAAGACGCCCUGCUGCUGUGGUGCCAGAUGAAGACAGCCGGGUACCCGAAUGUCAACGUGCACAAUUUUACCACCAGCUGGAGAGAUGGUCUGGCGUUCAAUGCCAUCGUGCACAAACACAGGCCGGACCUGAUCGAGUUUGACAGUCUGAAGCGCUCUAACGCACACUACAACCUUCAGAAUGCCUUCAAUAUAGCAGAGAAGGAAAUGGGAGUCACCAAGCUGCUGGAUCCUGAAGAUGUGAAUGUAGAUCAGCCAGACGAGAAGUCCAUCAUCACGUACGUGGCCACAUACUACCACUACUUCAGCAAGAUGAAGGCUCUCGCCGUGGAGGGCAAGCGAAUCGGCAAGGUGCUGGAUUAUGCCAUCGAAGCCGAUCAGCUGAUCGAGAAGUACGAGACCUUGGCCUCGGAGCUGCUGCAGUGGAUCGAGCAGACCAUCGUCACGCUCAACGACCGACAGCUCGCCAACUCUCUGAGCGGCGUUCAGAACCAGCUACAGGCCUUCAACACCUACCGUACCGUAGAGAAGCCGCCCAAAUUUACAGAGAAAGGCAAUCUGGAGGUUCUUCUGUUCACCAUUCAGAGCAAAAUGAGAGCCAACAACCAAAAGGUCUACAUGCCCCGAGAGGGCAAACUCAUCUCUGACAUCAACAAGGCGUGGGAGCGCUUAGAGAAGGCCGAGCACGAGCGCGAGCUGGCUCUGAGGAACGAGCUGAUUCGCCAGGAGAAGCUGGAGAUGCUGGCGGCACGUUUCGACCGCAAGGCCGCCAUGAGAGAGACCUGGCUGAGCGAGAACCAGCGCCUCGUCUCCCAGGACAACUUUGGCGUGGACCUGGGCGCAGUGGAGGCCGCCACGCGCAAACACGAGGCCAUCGAGACGGACAUCAACGCGUACGGAGAGCGCGUGGCGACCGUGGAGGCGGUAGCUCGCGAGCUCGAGGCCGAGAACUACCACGACGUGCGGCGCAUCCUGGCGCGCAGAGACAACGUGCUGCGCCUCUGGGAGUACCUGAAGGAACUGCUGGGCGGCCGACGCGAGAGGCUCGCCGGCAACCGAGAGCUGCAGAGGCUCCUGCAGGAGAUGAGACACAUCAUGGACUGGAUGGCCGACAUGAAGGGUCGUCUGCAGUCUCAGGACGGCGGGAAACAUCUUCACGACGUGGAAGAUCUGUUACAGAAGCACACCUUGGUGGAAGCAGAUAUAUCAGCACAGGCAGAAAGAAUUCGAGGGGUGCAGGCCGCGGCAGAGCGCUUCACCACCGACGAACUUCCCUACAAGCCUUGUGAUCCCACCAUGGUGAAGGAGAAGGUGGUACAGCUGGGCCAGGCCUACGAGGAACUGGGCAAACUGGCCGCAGCACGACGGGCACAGCUGGAGGACUCCCGGCGUCUCUGGCAGCUGCUGUGGGAGCUGGGCGAGGAGGCGGCGUGGAUGCGCGAGCAGGAGCAGAUCAUGGCCACCGAGGAGUGCGGAAAGGAUCUCUCCUCCGCCCUGCGCCUCCUCUCGAAGCACGAAGCCUUCCGCGACGAGAUGGCCGCCCGCUACGGCCCGCUGGGCAACAGCAUCGCCGCCGGGGAGCAGCUGGUCAAGGAGGAGCACUUCGGGGCGGCUGAGAUCGCGGAGAGGAUCAAGGAGAUCAAAGCGCAGUGGGCUCGGCUGGAGGAGGCGUCUCGGUCGCGUGAGCAGCGUCUGAAGGAGUCCGUCGCUUUCCACCAGUUCCAGACUGAUGCCAACGACAUGGAGGCCUGGAUCCUGGAGGCACUUAGACAGGUGUCGAGUCAGGACGUCGGCCACGACGAGUUCUCCACACAGACGCUGGCGAGGAAACAGAGGGAGGUGGAGGAGGAGAUCCAGAGCCACCGGUCUCUCAUAGACUCGCUACACGAGCAGGCUCAAACACUGCCUCAGGAUUAUGCCCAGUCCCCACAGGUGGAGGGACGUCUCCCCGCUAUAGAGCAGCGCUACGAGGAGCUGGAGGCUCUCUCCUCGGCACGCCGCCGUGCCCUGGAAGGGGCGCUGGCACUCUACCGAAUGUACAGCGAAGCCAAUGCCUGCCAACAAUGGAUCGGUGAAAAGGAGCAGUGGCUCCUCACCAUGGAAAUCCCCUCCAGACUGGAGGAUCUGGAGGUGGUCCAGCAGAGGUUCGAGACGUUGGAGCCGGAGAUGAAUAAUAUAGGCUCUCGCGUCACUGAAGUCAAUCAGGUGGCUGAACAGCUUCUGAAGUCAGACAACCGCAACAAGGAGCAGAUUAACCAAACUCAGGACCAGCUCAACGACAGGUGGAGCGAGUUCCAGCGGCUGGCUAAUGACAGGAAGCAGGCUCUGGAGUCGGCUCUGAACCUCCAGAACUACCAUCUGGAGUGUAACGAGAUCCAGAGCUGGAUGAAGGAGAAGACAAAAGUGAUCGAGUCCACUCAGAGCCUCGGCAACGACCUGGCUGGGGUCAUGGCCUUACAGCGCAAGCUCACCGGUUUGGAGAGGGACCUGGAGGCUAUAGAGGGGAAGCUGGGAGGGCAGCGUGCCGAGGCAGAGAAGCUGGCAACCGAGCACCCCGAGCAGGGAGAAGAGAUCCAGCAGCGUCUGGUCGAGACGGAGGGGGUGUGGGGGGACUUGUGCGGCACCAUGAAGAAGCGAGAGGAGGGUCUGGGCGAGGCCUCGAAGCUGCAGGGCUUCCUGCGCCAGCUCGACGACUUCCAGGCCUGGCUGUCGCGCACCCAGACGGCCGUGGCCUCCGAGGACACGCCCACCUCGCUGGCGGAGGCCGAGCAGCUGCUGGGCCAGCACGAAACCAUCAAGAACGAGGUGGACAACUACCGCGACGACUACGAGAGGAUGAAGGCCACCGGUGCCGAGGUGACUCAGGGCCAGACAGAUGCCCAGUACAUGUUCCUGGCGCAGCGGCUGCAGGCCCUGGACACAGGCUGGCAGGAGCUGCGCCGGAUGUGGGAGAGCAGACAGAGCGUGCUCGCCCAGGCCUACGACUUCCAGACCUUCCUCAGAGACGCCAAGCAGGCAGAGAGCGCCCUCAACCGCCAGGAGUACGCGCUGUCACACACCGAGAUGCCAUCCAGUCUGCAAGGUGCGGUCGAGGCCAUCAAGAAGCACGAGGACUUCCUCACCACCAUGGAGGCCAGCGAGGAAAAGAUCAACGGCGUGGUGGAGUCAGGGCAACGCCUCGUGUCGGACGGGAACGCCAACGCCGAUAAGAUCCAGGAGAAAGUCGACUCCAUUGAAGAGAGGCACCAAAAGAACAAGGAGUCCGCUAACGAGCUGCUGGCCAAGCUGAAGGAUAACCGAGAGCUGCAGCACUUCCUGCAGGACGGACAGGAGCUGAGUCUGUGGAUUAAUGAGAAGAUGCUGACGGCUCAGGACAUGUCGUACGACGAGGCCAGAAACCUGCACAGCAAGUGGCAGAAACAUCAGGCCUUCAUGGCAGAGCUGGCAUCCAACAAGGACUGGCUGGACAAGAUACGCAAGGAGGGCGAGGAUCUGGUGAAGGAGAAGCCGGAGCUGGAGGAGACGGUAUCGGAGACGAUGGAGAAGCUUCAGAAGCAGUGGGAUCUGCUGGAGAACACCACGCAGACCAAAGCGCAGUGUCUGUUCGACGCGAACCGCGCCGAACUCUUCACCCAGAGCUGCUCGGCUCUCGGCACGUGGCUGCAGAACAUCUCGUCCCAGCUGCAGAGCGACGACUUCGGGAAGGACCUGACGAGCGUCAACAUCCUGCUCAAAAAACACCAGAUGCUGGAACACCAGAUGGAAGUCCGAGAGAAGGAAGUGCAGGCUCUGCAGUCUCAGGCCGUGGCUCUGGCGCCGGAGGAAACCGCCAAAAUGGAGGUGGACGGGCAGCAGCACAGAGUGACCGACAGCUUCUUGGAGCUACAGGAACCUCUCAAACAGAGACAACAACACCUGAUGGCAUCUAAAGAAGCUCACCAGUUUAACAGAGACCUGGAGGAUGAGAUAUUGUGGGUGAAAGAGAGAAUGCCCCUGGCUACAUCCACAGAUCAUGGUAAAGAUCUACCCUGUGUGCAGCUGCUCAUCAAAAAGAACCAGACGCUGCAGAAAGAGAUCCACGGCCACCAGCCACGCAUCGACGACCUUCAGGCCCACGGGCGCAGCAUGGCCCCCGGCUCCACCUCCGAGGUGAACGGAGAGCGGCAGGCCGAGCUGGACGAGCGCCUGAACGAGCUCGGGGCCCUGUGGGCGCGGCUCAUCUCGGAGACCGAGCAGAGGCACGCGCGCUUAAUGGACGCCCACCGAGCCCAGCAGUUCUACGCGGACGCCGCAGAGGCCGAGGUCUGGAUGGGCGAGCAGGAGCUGCACAUGAUGUCCGAGGAGAAGGCCAAGGACGAGCAGAGCGCGCUGGUGAUGGUGAAGAAACACCAGAGCCUGGAGCAGGCGCUGGAGGACUACGCCCAGACCAUCCACCAGCUAGCCAACAGCAGCAGACUCAUGGUGAACGGUGAGCAUCCUGAAAGCGAGAGGAUCACGCUGAGACAGGCUCAGGUGGAUAAGCUCUACGCUGGGCUGAAGGACCUGGCCGAGGAGAGGAGGGGAAAACUGCAGGAGCGACUCCGCCUCACCCAGCUGAAGAGAGAGGUGGACGACCUGGAGCAGUGGAUAGCCGAGCGGGAGGUGGUCGCCGGCUCCCACGAGCUCGGGCAGGACUACGAGCACGUCACUAUGCUCCGUGAUCGUUUCCGGGAGUUUGCGCGGGACACCAGCGCCAUCGGUCAGGAGAGGGUGGACGCGGUGAACUCCCAGGCGGACACCCUGAUCGAGUCGGGACACCCGGAGAACGCCAGCGUGGCGGAGUGGAAGGACGGCCUGAACGAGGCCUGGGCCGACCUGCUGGAGCUCAUGGACACGCGCACCCAGAUGCUGGCCGCCUCCUAUGAGCUGCAGCGCUUCCAGCGGGACGCGCGCGAGGCCCUGGUGCGGAUACGCAGCAAGAGGGACGCGCUGAACACCACCGACCUGGGCCGAGACCUCAACACCGUGCAGCACCUGCACCGGCAGCACACGGCCUACGAGCACGACGUGCACGCGCUCAGCGGACAGGUGACGCAGGUGCAGGACGACGCGGCGCGUCUGCAGAAAGCCUACGCGGGCGAGAAGGCGGACGACAUCCACCGCCACGAGCGCUCCGUCACGGGGGCGUGGGAGGAGCUCCUGGCCGCCACUAAGGACAGGAGGCUGCUCCUGCUGGACACGGUGGAGAAGUUCCGCUUCUUCAACAUGGUGCGGGAUCUGAUGCUGUGGAUGGACGGAAUCAACCUGCAGAUCCAAUCUCACGACAGUCCCAGGGAUGUGUCGUCGGCCGGUCUGGUAAUCGCAAACCACCAGGACAUAAAGGCAGAGAUCGAGGCCCGAGCCGGCAGCUUCACUGCCUGCACCGACCUGGGACACACACUCAUCAACAAUAACCACUACGCUUCAGACGAGAUCCGGGAAAAACUGGAGCAGCUUCAGGCCAAGAGAGACGAAAUUAACCAGAAGUGGCUGGACAAAAUGGACUUCCUGCAGAUCGUGCUGGAGGUGCUGCAGUUCAGCAGAGACGCCUCGGUAGCCGAGUCCUGGUUGGCGGGUCAGGAGCCGCUGGUGCGCACGGCCGAGCUGGGCUCCAACGUGGACGAGGUGGAAAACCUCCUCAAACGUCACGAGGCUUUCGAAAAGCUGGCGGCUGGGUGGGAAGAGCGCUUCACACAGCUGGAGAAGCUCACCACGCUGGAGGAGCAGGAGAUACAGAGGAGGAAGGAAGAGGAGGAGAGGGCACGGAGACCACCCACACCUCCCCCGGUAGAGGAGGUGGUACAGUCCGAGGCCGAAUUUGAAUCUGCAGCGAGGACAAGUUUGGACCAGACUACAUUAAACCAGUCAGUGGCUGUCAAUGGAGUCCACAGUGAUCAGGAUACAUCACAGGGUUCAGAGGCGGACUCAGUAAACGGACCGGGUCAGGACAGCGGUUUGGACACAGCGUCACCUCAUGAGCCCUCGGCCACCCUUCCCAAUCUGGUGGAGGCACCCCCUGAUGCCCUGGAGGGCAUGCUGUUCAGGAAACAGGAAAUGGAAAGCCAGGGCAAGAAAGCAGCCAACAGAUCGUGGCAGAACGUGUACUGUGUGCUGAGGAAGGGCAGUAUGGGCUUUUAUAAAGACAACAAGAGUGCCGCUAACGGCAUUCCUUACCACGGAGAAGUUCCCAUUAGCCUCGGCGAGGCCGUCUGCGAGGUCGCCCACGACUACAAGAAGAGGAAACACGUCUUUAAACUGAGGCUGGGCGAUGGAAAGGAGUUCCUGUUUCAAACCAAGGAUGAGGCUGAGAUGAGCUCAUGGAUGCAGGCGAUCCAUUCCUCCAUGCCACCAGGCAGCACCGGUGGCGGUGACGGUAGUGGUGGUGGUGGCGAUCGCUCUCCCCCACCGCCUCUGACACGGGCGAUGACGAUGCCUCCAAUGUCGCCGCACUCGACCGAGACGGGCGGUGUGACCAUGCGCAACAAAGAGGGCAAAGAUAAAGAUCGUGAAAAACGCUUCAGCUUCUUCGGCAAGAAGAAGUAACAGCAGCUCAUGAGCCAACAAAUAAAGCGCGAACUGAUAGUUUUCAAGAGAGAGGGUGGCGCCCUCUAGUGUCACAUAGUUUAACGUUGUUGCGUUUCUCGUCCUUACCUUAUUUUCUCUGUUUUCAGCUCUUGUCUUUAAUAAUAAACUCACUGCCAUGUUUUCUGUAAACUCGCCCCCUGAGUCUGAAGAGGAGACCUGAUCAGUGUCAGUAAUCAGCCGGACGUCUGUCGUUCUGCUAAAUUCGGGCUGUAAAUGAGGAAUGACUGGGCGAUAGAGAAAGUUCCACUUUGUUUGUUCUUAUCUUUGCCAAGUUAAAGUUUCUACCCUGUUGCAGCAGUUCCAAAGUUUUAUUCCCCUCUUCAUUUACUGGAAAGAUUUUCUGUACGUUCAUUUUUUUAUUUUUGUGAAGGAAAUAUUUUGAGAAUGGGUGUUUCGUUAUACCAGUAAUAUAUCUGUUUAUAUUAUUUAACUAGUUGUGAUUUAUCAAGGCUAAAUGAGUAACGGUUUAAGAACGUGUAAGUAAGUAACUCCAGAUUUAAUAAGAAAUUGAGACUAAAUGGAGCGACGGUUCCUGUCGUCUCUUCAAUUUCAACAUUUUUGAAGGUCGGGAUGAAAAGUGUGGUGAUUACAGCAGUGGUUUGGAAUAACGCUGUACAAGAGCAUUCAGGGUUCUGGAACAGCCUUUACAAAAGCUUUAGAACAGCAUUCGAGUCGACAUUUUUUGUAAACAGAAUCUGAACCUUAAAAAAUAAAAGCAUUUGAACGGUUCCAAAAGUUCUAGGAUGGCGUGUAGAAUGUCGAGACGAAGCAGAAUUGUAUUGUUCUACAGUGCUGAAAUGUUUUGGUGUGGCAUUUUUGAAGAUUAUAGAAGAUUUACCAGGUUAAGUUAGGCAUUCACUCUUAGAAUGGCAUUCGAAAGGUCUAGAAAAGCGUUUAAGAGUUCUAGAACAGCAAGUGAAAAUUGCUAAUCGACGUGUGACAUUUUAAAAUGGCAUUGAACGUCUGUUUAUACUUGAGGUUUCUCCUUGGACUUACUAGAACAUGAGGAUUUAUUUUGAUCGACAAAUUCAAGCCUCCGUUUUUAAUUUUUAGUAAAAAUAAAAGCAUUUUAAAAUGUUCAGGGAUUAAAAACUAAAUACGUCUGAAUUCUUUUUCUUUUUUUUUGGUUGUGGUGGGUUUUUCAGUCCCCUGAGAAAGGGAUUUUCCAUGGAAGUUUCUUUGCUUUCUCUCUUUUUCUUUCUGCAGACGUGAUUCAUUUUGAGGUUUUUUUUUUGUGCUGUACAUUAAUGAGCUCAAUCUUACAACACUGGGUGUGUAUUUAGAACCCACUACACUAAACUUGCAAAGCAUUGUGGUACAUGACUAUCUUUUCUUUCUUUCUUUUCAUUCUUUCACCUCUUCAGUGUUGAAACAUGCUAUUAAAACUGCUUCACCAGUUCCACACACGCAGGUGAAUGAAUGUACACACACACCUGAAAGCUCCAGAAGCUCUGAGAUGCUGUUUUAUUUGCCUUUAAACCUGAUGCUGUAUUUUUUGGGGUGUGUAUUUAAAUGUGAACAUAAAAACCAAAACACUGGAUGAGAAAAUAAACUACUGUUCUUUUUUUGUUCUUCUAAUGUGGACCAAACUUCUGAAUCUCGCCCACGCCCGUUCAUGAAUACUCAGUCAGUCAACCCACACGGUUAUAAAUGAAUAGCUGAACCCAGAGGGACGUAGCUGGAGAUUUUCGAUGAUAUUUUUGCAUUCGUACCCAGGCGAGCGUGGUGUGUCUGUGUUGGGGUUGUAUCUGUCUGGUGUAGCAUGAACACAGUAUUUUUGUAGAAACGAGGCCCCCGGCCUAACCAUCGCUAGUGAGCGGAGCCUGUUUGUGAUGUUAGAUGUAGUUGUACGAUGAAGCCCCUUCAUCUGAGGGGAGUGGAGUAUCAAACAGGGAUCCCCACCAUUACUGAAUGGUACUAAAAAGGCUCGUGCCAUCACCGAACCCACUGAUUUCAUUUGUAUAUAUAAAAAUAACUAUUUUUAACUUGUAGUUUUGGUUUCUUGAGUUUGAGUUUGUGGCACGGACCGGUCACUUUUGCAUUUCAGCUCAGUGCUCACAACCAACAAUGAAACUAGACGGUACAAUUUGAGCUUCCUACACAAUUAAGAAUACACAAUCAGUUUAUUCUGCUUUUUAUUCUGGUAACCAAUUCAAUGUGACACACGCUGCAUUUUAAAGGUUGAUUAUUUCAUCUGAAUCUGAAGGACUUUAAUUUUUUUUUUAAUUGCGUACAAUUUCCCAGAAAGCACAUAAAAUGUUCUGCAAAUGUUCAGUUAUAGAAAUGAUUGUACAGGGAUCAUUUCCCUUUCACACUGAUGGACAAAUCUGCAACAAAAACAUGUAAUAAAUCACAUUUCUGUCCAGCUAAUCAUUUUGAAACAAAUAUUAAAGAAAAAACAAUUGUUAUCCCUGUAAAAAGUGAAUCCUGGUUGCCCCAAUGACUGUAACUACACAUGUUGUGUCGUUUAAUAUUAUUUUAGUCUUUUACAAAUGGAAAGAAGCAAAUGUUGGACACAAAACGUUGAUUGUUGAUUCUUUGGCCAAGUUUAUAAAAAAAAAUGAGUCACCAAGUCAGCUAAUCAACGGUUGUCUAUAUAUCGUUCCACCUUGUCUUUAAUAAUUAUGAUUAUUAUUAUUAAUGCAAGACUCCUGCUAUUAGUUCUCUGUAAGGAUUUGCUGCUGGUGUGUUAACUGCAAACUUCUGCUGCCAGUUUGAGGUUCUCUGGUUCUCUGGUGUGUGAUACCGAAUCCUACCGCCAGGGGGCCGCCGUGUACCGUGCUGCAUUUUCAUUCCAUCAUUGGGGGGCUAAGAGGAGAAAGAUUUGUUUGUUGACUUGUGUAUCUACAUCUGAUAUUAGGAAUAAUAAAACAUGGUUUUAAAAGAA